UUCACGACGACGACGAAGAACGAGCGUAGACGACGAUGGCCAGCACACAAGCUUCAAAGCUCAACCUCGACGAGUUCAUCGGGACAGCGUUGUCCGCGACGCCCUCAGAGCUGCACCCAUUUUUCGAAUCGUUCAGAUCGUUGUAUUCAAGAAAACUAUGGCACCAAUUGACUCUCAAACUAUUCCAAUUCUUCGAUGAACCGCUCGCGAGGCCGUUCCGAGUGGACGUCUUUGAGCGGUUCGUGCGCGAUUUCGAGACCAAGAUCAACCAGCUGCGGCUCGUUGAGAUGGCGGUCAAGGUAGCGAAGGAUAUCGACAAUCCAACAACCCAUCUCGCCUUUUUGACUUCCCUUGCCGAACGUAUCGACACCGAGAAAUCAAAGCAAGCGCACGUCCUUUUGCUGGCUAGCAUUGCCCACACGAAACUCGUCUAUGGAGACUUGGAGGGCACCAAGAAUGACAUGGAUUCCGCAUGGAAGAUCCUGGAUACGCUAGAGGGUGUGGAGAGCUCUGUGAACGCUGCAUAUUAUGGUGUUGCGGCCGACUACUACAAGGCAAAAGCAGAGUACGGCCCAUACUAUCGACAUUCCCUCCUUUACCUCGCCUGCGUCGAUCCCGAGAAAGAUCUAACACCAGAGGAGCGCCUUCUUCGAGCCCACGACCUUGGAAUCUCUGCUUUCCUGGCAGAAACAAUCUACAACUUCGGUGAACUCUUGAUGCACCCUAUUCUCAACGCCCUGGACGGCACGCAACAUGAAUGGCUCAAGAAGCUCCUAUUUACGUUCAACGAGGGCAACAUCGGCAAGUUCGAGGCAUUGGCACCGCUUUUCCCUCAAGAACCGAUCCUACAGGAAAACUACGCUUUCCUCCGGCAGAAGAUCUGCUUAAUGGCCCUCAUUGAAGCCGUCUUCCAAAGGCAGUCGAACGACCGAACGAUGUCUUUCCAAACCGUUGCAACAGAAACGAGGCUACCACUGGACGAGGUCGAACAUUUAGUCAUGAAGGCUCUGAGUCUGAAACUUAUCCGGGGGUCCAUCGACCAAGUCGACCAGAAGGUCACAAUUACCUGGGUUCAACCACGCGUGCUUUCGCGAGAGCAGAUUGGAGGCCUUGCACAACGGUUGGAGAAAUGGGUGAACGACCUUAAUGCGGUUGAGAAGAGGAUUGCACCGGAGGUUCUCACUAGUGCAUGAUUGAGGAAGAUGUGUAGAAGUAUGUAUCGUUAAUGAUUUCCUUUUUCUUGG